AUGCAUCACUCUGCUACUCUCCUUGCUCUAGGAGCACUUAGCUCAACCGCCGCAGCCGCUUGGUUGAAUUCGAACCAAGAGAGAUCAUGGGAACCUCCUCGACAGACUGGAGUUUUUGGGGAGGAAGCUGAACUGGGUCAGGUCGCCAUGGGAUGGUCACCAGUACCAACCGGUGCCCCCAAACUUGCCGGUGCCAUGGACAUGGGCUUUGCCUUGGGCAAACGAGCCGAGUCAGACAAUACCUGUGGCUACGAUACAGUAGGAAACCUUCAUACUCUCUGCUGUGGCCAGCGUGAUCUUCCCAAUUGCUUUGAGUGGGUUGCGACCACAGGUGUCGACGAGUUCACAUUAUUCGACUGCUCUGCUGGCAACGGCACCUCUGUCCUGCUUUUGUCUGACCCUCUAGCUCUAUCUUCGACCUCAGGCGGCGAUUCAUCCGCUACUGACAACCCCUCUACGACCACCGACGACGGAUCGUCCACAACUACCAGUGCUGCGGCAACCUCCACAAGUGCUGAUAACGGUGGUGGCGGCAGCAGUACCAACGUUGGCGCCAUUGCUGGUGGUGUCGUCGGCGGUGUCGCAGCUCUCGCUCUCGUUGGUCUUGCUGGUUUUCUUCUGUUUCGCCGCCGCAAAAAGACAACUCCUGCUGCUACUGCGACUCCCGGCGAUGGUACACAAAACCAACCUCCCAUGGCCCAAGGACCCCAGAGCCCAGGGCCCAGCUUCGUUCCCUCAUCGCCUUCCAACGCCGCCUACCCCUCUGGAGUACCCUCAAACUAUCAGGGUGGCUACCAGCAGGCAUACGACCCCUCAUUGGCGGCUCCCUACGGUCAACCCCAAGGAUACCAACAGCCUGGAUACAGCGGCUACUCUCCUCAACCCCAGAACUUCCAGGGCCAGUACCCUCAGCAAACGCAGUAUCCUUCUCAGUAUGGUGUCGGCGGCUACGGAGCUCCAUCCACAUCACCCCCUCCCCAUUUCACUCCCAGCCCGGGUCCCAACAAGGACGGCCCCGAGGGCGCCACUCAACAGCAUGUUCAGGAACUACCAGCUGUCCAACCUUUGGGAAACGAGGGUAACAGAGCUGAGCUGAGCUAG